AUGAGCGCUCCUAAGCCAUUGACGCCGCUAUCACAGAUACUUCCACCGCUUGUGCUGGGCGGUGCAGGGUUUAGUCACCAACUAAUACACAAUCCAAAUCCAACCCAAGCGCUGGAUGUUCUCAAACGCGCAUUUCAACUUGGAUUGCGAGCAAUCGACACAUCCGCAUAUUACCACCCUUCAGAAAUACUCCUUGGUGCAGCGUUAGCUCACCCAGAAAUCACGAGCCACUACUCGCGCGAUCAAUACUUCUUGAUGACCAAGGCUGGACGUAUCAGCGCCAAUCAGUUCGAUUAUUCGCCCGCCUGGAUACGAUCCUCGGUACUCCGAUCCUUGAAGCGCCUUCAGACAAGUUAUCUGGACGUUGUAUUCUGCCAUGAUGUUGAAUUUGUUCCCGAGGAUGAAGUCCUCCAGGCCGUGGGGGUCUUGAUCGACAUGGUCCACGAAGGCCACAUCCGAUACAUCGGCAUCUCGGGAUACAGAAUCGACAUUCUCGCUCGCCUCGCCCAUCGCAUUCAAGCUCAAUACGGUCGCCCUUUGGAUAUCAUACAAAACUGGGCGCAGUUGACACUUCAAAAUGACCGACUAGCCCAUGAAGGACUUGCCGCCUUCAAAGAGGCGGGCGUCUCAUGUGUGUGUAGCUCGAGUCCAUUGGCGAUUGGUCUUCUCCGGGACAACGGAGUCCCUGUUGGGGACUUGGGUGAUUUCCACCCUGCGCCACCGGGCUUACGCAAAGCUGCCCAGGCGGCAUCUGAGUAUGUUAACACUCGAGGAGAGUCGCUCGCAGCAUUGGCGCUGCAAUAUGCUAUCCGCCGAGCGCAGGUGGAAUCGUCAAAGUCGUUACGAGUCACGACUAUCAUGGGAAUAACUUCUGUUGCAGAACUGGAAGAAAAUCUUGCGUCAGCGGAAAAGGUUCUCCGGAAGUCAGAACAAGAUGCUUCAAGAUGGCUCUGGGCGAUUCAACCAACGCCCACUGGAAGACCUGAAGCGGAAGGGAUAAAUGAAUGCAAUAACAUGUGUGUCAUGGUGCAGAAAAUUUUGGGGCCGUGGCACAACUAUAGUUUCCCCAGCCCAGGUGAUGACUGGGAUGUGGCCAACAAGCGUCCUGUGAAACAUAAGCUCUGA